CUGAUGCGAGAAAGAGGGAAGAGGAAAAGGACCAUAAACGAGCUGCCGCCACUGAGACCUUUGACAGAUUUUGCGAUUUUGCUAUCCAUUUGAACUCGAGUGAGAGUCGUGAUUCAUUCAGCUCAGGAGGAAGAACACCAGCGCAAUGCACCCCCUGUAACCCCCCCCACGGUUAUUAUGCAGGGUGGAAGGGGGACUGCAUGCAUCUGCUUGGAUCAGAUCAUCACAGUUCUGAAAACAUUCGGCGAGCGGAGAGCCCACCAUGGUGGAUCCACUGGAACCAGAGGACCAGAGUAAGAUCAGAGACACUCAGCUUGAGACCCCAGCUGCAGCCUCUGAAGCACCUUGUCUACCUGAGCAGGGUGAUGAUGGAGAAAAAGAAGAGGCUACUCAUGGCAGCACGGAAGAAGAAGCGAGAGUUGAACCAGAACAGAGCCCUCAAGUUAGCCGACCACCAAACAGUGAAUCCGAACACCCUAAACUGCACCUGGACCUGUAUAACUUCGACUCACCAGUCGCAGAAGGCAGCCGCUAUGUGCUCACCAGCCCUCGUUCACUUGAGGCAUGUGCACGAUGUGGAGUCAAACCUGUGGAGCUCCUGCCUCGACCGCUGUCUGACUUUGCUCGUGAGGCACCUGGCCGUAGCAUGCGUGUAGCCACAGGGAUGUUUGAGGUGUACGAGAGGGACCGACAUGCUAAACUGAGACAGUGCAGGGAGGAACGCGAGAGGAUAGUUCAGGAGGAAAAGCGAAGGAUCCUUCAGGCAGCGCUCAACAACAGCAGCAGAUCAGUGGCUUCAGAGAAGCCUCAAGAUACAAACAAUGCUGGAUUGUCUCAGCAAAGCAGUCGUAGUCCUGCUAGCUCUGGCCCUGUGCCCAAAAUGUCACCUGCUAGCAGUGGUCCGUCAAAAACGGCAUCUUCACGUCCCAUCUCAAAAAGCACGCCUCAAAGCUCAGAAUCUUUAUCAAAAACGCCUGCCACAGGUGCAAGUUCCUCCCCUAAAUCUAGUCCAGCUCAGUCCAUAAAAGCUAAUCCAGUAAGUUCUGGCCACACAGUAAAGCAGUCGAAGUCACUUGUUACUGAAGCGGCUGUAAAAACUCAAGGAUCCAUACAUGCAAAACCAGUUCAGCAAACAACCGGGGCACCCGUAUCCAAAAAGACUUCUAGCACAAAGUCUUCGAAUACCUUCCCUAGAUCAACACCAAAGCCCUCCUCUUUUCCAAGGAUGCCAACAUCACUGGCACCAGUUGUAUCAAAAUCUGCAGCACAAAGUCCUGCCAAUGGCAUCACUAGUCCAUUUGCCCAGCACAAUGGACACAUUAUGUCCAGAUCAAAAGUCAGAGAAAGAAGCCACUCUCUAGAAUCCUUACAAAGAAGACGGGAAACAGUUAGCUCCUCUACUACUUCGACCACUACCACAGCUACAACCACUUGUGCCUCUUCAGAGUCAGCAUCCUCCUCUUACAGCUGGGACGGAACUCGAGAUUACUGGGGUAAAACUUCCAGUCCUCGUGCUCGUACCUUAGCUACGUUCAACUCUCUGAUGGGUCGAAGCCUAAGCUUGGGAGAUCUGAGCCACUCUCCACAGACUACGCAGAAGGUGGAGCGCAUCGUGAAAGAGGUCAAACGACGUGGCCUCAAGGCCGUGCCAGAGCGUGACCGUAAGAUUGCGGCACUCAUGCUAGCGAGGUACCAAGAGGAGGAUAUUAUGAGCCAGACACGUUAUGUUGCACAUUUACAGUGGGACAGUGAACGCCGGCUGGAGGAACUGCGGCGUGAACGUGAGGAACGAGAGAAGCAACGGGUCAUGCUGCAGUGCCAGAGAGCCUGGCAAUCUCAAGUUUCUACCAGGCAGCGCCGACUCAGCCAGCAAGAACGGGAAGCAGCGGCUGCCAAGUUACGGCAAGUGGCGGAGAGCGAGGAGCGCUGGAGAGAGUUAGCAGAGCAACAGGAACGAAGCAGGCUGCAGAAACUUCAGCAGGCUGCUCGUGAGGAGAAGCAGAAGAAGGCCGCACAGGAACAGAACCUCAGAGUCAUGGAAGAAGAACGUGCUGCCAUACUGGAGCAGGAAAAGCUGCUUCUCAAGGAGAAGUUGACCAUUGCAGAACUGAAGAGGCAAGAGCGCGAGCACCAGAUCCAAGAGGAGCGUCGUGGGCUCAACCGUGCAGAGAAGCGGCGCCAUGUGGCCCUCAUCCAGGAGAUUGCACGGCGUGAGGCAGACGAACGUGAGGAAGCACGCAGGUUGGCGAAAGAGAAGCUGAGCCGCUCCCUGGAGAACUACGAGCAGAUCCAGGAACGACGAGGACAGGAACUGCGUGAGAAAGCCAAGCGUGAGGAACAGCAGAUCCAGAAAGCGAGGAAGGUCGUUGAGCAACGCGAGCGGCAUCAGAAAGAACAGAUGGAGGCACGCGCAAGGGAGGCGGAAAAGCGCUCGCAGCAGGCCGCACAAGUUGCAGAGGACAGGGCAAGAGAGAAGGCCCAGCGCGCAGUGCAGAGCAGGCUGGAGAAAGAGCGUCUUCAGAGGCUGAAUCGUCAGAAGGUGGAGGAAGAAGAGCAGCAGAGGCGGCUUGAGCUGCUGCAGUCCAUUGAGCGGAAACUGGAGAAAAGUGAACAGAUUUUCCGUGAAAAGCGUGCCGUGCUAGAAAGUGCCCGGUCAGUGGCACGUGCCUCCUUCCAUGUGAGAGACCGAGUGCGAGAAGAAACAAACAUGCGUACGUUUGACAAGAUGGUACUGGAGGCGCAGUUAAAGGCUAGUUUGGACGAAAAGUGAGAUGAACACUGUUUACUCUUCCCAUCUACUUGCUGCUGGUAAUGAGCUGCUUGAGCUUCCAUGGUAGCCUCAUCACUGAAGUAGGCCCACAGCAAAGCUGGAUGUGUCCUCAAGUAUCAUAUCUCAUGUCAUUGAAUCAUGGUUAUUCCCAAUUGCUGGACCAUUUAUCAUUUAUGAAGUAUUUUCCCUUUAUUUUUAUUACCUGGGCCCUCAGUGCUUUGUGAUUGUGUGGAUGAGUUGUUUGCUAGGACAUGCCUGUUUUUUGUUUUUUUUUUAUUUUAUUAUUAUUUUUUUUAACUUGGCAAAUAGCCAAAUUGAACCAAGGACUGUUUCUAAAGAGAUAAAUGUUUACUAGUGAGCUGGCCACCGUUACAUCUUUGACGGUGUAUUUUGUUAAAGAGCAACAAAAGAGAAGGCAGACCAUUUCAUAAGACUGAACUGAAUGCACGACCCUGCUAGAAGUCCUAGAGAUUUCCUUUUGUAAAAUCUUUGCUGACCACAAACCGUGACUUGCCUGUGUGCGUUAUACAACAGUGAAGUGCUGACAGAGCGGGUCUUGAGUGGUGACAUGGAGAAGAGUGAUCUCAGCACAGUCCAGCUGCUGAUGAAGCAGUUAAGCCUUGGUUCAGCAUCAGGAUCCAUGAGCCUGCUUUGACAUUCUGCAUUGUGUCAGAAUCAGGCUACAUGUUUAUAUAGAAGUGGAGAUGAUGAUGAAGAUGGCAUCCAUCAACUCAUCUGACAGACUGUCCCCAGUGAACACGCUAGAAUGCCUGUGAUCCCGUAUUCCUCUCCUGUAUAACUGGUGAUUAAGCUAAGUGUGAUUUAAAUGUGACUUUGAUAAGCAUUAAAACCAUAUAUUUUUUGAAGAGCAACUACAGAAACAGCCAUUGAUGUAAACAGUACAGGACAAAUAAUUGGAAAUACCUUUUUCAUCUGUACAUUUUCAUUUCUGAGCCAUUCAUUUCUGUAUUUCUGUUACAGUUUUGAGGAUGGCUAACUGAAAGCAAAAAAGUGGUGCUUGGUGAAAAAUGUAUGCUGUAAAAUAAGGCUUAAUUUCAUAUCAUGCAUUAUGCUUUUGCAGUUUAUAUUGACAAUACAGGGUAUUUUCAAGAUGUACAGUGAAAAUGUGAGUAAUGCAUAUACAUAUAAUACAUAUCUUAUAUUCCCUUAUGAGCAAAGUAGAGCAAAGCCAAAAGAAUGAUUAAUAAAUGUUAUUAUACCUGGAAUUAUUUGGUUCUCACAAUAGGUAGACUGAAAUAUUCCAUAAUAGUAUCUGCUGUAUAAUUAGCCUGACAGAUUGUGAUAAUAUUACAAGUGUGUCAGUUGAGGUGCUAUACUUUUUGGCCUAGCACCACACUUUUGCUCUUUUUGUUGCUGAUCGUCAUAAGAGUAAAAAGAUUAAACUCUCUUCAGCUUUUACCAGUACGACAAAACCAUGGAAGUGCACAAGCAGCGACAUACAGAUUGAUUUAUUUAAAAUUACAAAUGCUGUUUUUUGAACAGGACACACUGUAAGAAUGAUGAAAGAAAAAUAAACUCAGAUCUUUUUCAUGAGUGGUA